CUGUCAAAGUUCGGAUUGACGAAUCGCAUCGCACUUACACAUUCGUUACGUAAUGGCUGGCAGGCAGUAGUCUGUCAGUGUCACUAAAUCAUUUUAUAUUCCUUCUCUGCUUCUAGUUAUACAAUGGCUGUGUCAAUGCGGAUUCUUUCCCGGCUUAGAGAUGGGGUGGUUUUCAACACUGUCAGGUACUCAAGCAGUGCUCCAUACGCCGAAACAAGGAAAAACUUAGUACUGACAAGUGAAACUAAAGUCAUUGUGCAGGGAUUUACAGGCAAGCAGGGCACUUUCCACAGUCAACAGGCCCUUGACUAUGCAACUAAGAUUGUUGGCGGCGUGUCUCCUAAAAAGGCAGGGACAGAACAUCUUGGCAAACCUGUGUUUGCGACAGUGAAGGAGGCGAAAGCCGCGACUGGGGCGCAUGCGAGUGUUAUCUAUGUUCCUCCCGGGGGAGCCGCCAAAGCAAUCCUGGAAGCAAUUGAAGCUGAGAUGCCAUUAAUAGUUUGCAUCACUGAAGGAAUUCCACAACACGACAUGGUUCGUGUGAAGCACGCUCUCCUGAGGCAAAACAAGUCUCGGCUGGUUGGGCCCAACUGCCCAGGCAUCAUUGCUCCGGAGAAGUGCAAGAUUGGCAUCAUGCCUGCUGCUGUACAUAAGAAGGGAUGUAUCGGCGUCGUCUCAAGAUCUGGAACCCUCACUUAUGAGGCUUGCCACCAGACGACUGUGACUGGUCUCGGCCAAACGCUUUGCGUGGGCAUCGGUGGCGACCCGUUCAACGGGACGGACUUCAUUGACUGCCUUGAGGUCUUCCUGAAUGAUCCGGAGACCAAGGGCAUCAUUCUUAUUGGUGAAAUUGGAGGCAAUGCUGAGGAGUUGGCAUCGGAGUACCUCACCCAAUAUAACACUGGCCAGAAAGCGAAGCCUGUGGUGUCGUUCAUCGCCGGGCUGACGGCGCCUCCCGGCCGGCGGAUGGGGCACGCUGGAGCCAUCAUCUCUGGUGGCAAGGGUGGAGCUAUGGAUAAAAUAAAGGCUCUGGAAAAGGCCAACGUCAUCGUCACUCGCUCCCCAGCUAAGAUGGGUGACGAACUCCUCAAAGAAAUGAAACGACUAGAAAUCGUCUAAGUAACUCUUUUAUUAAUCAUGUUUACUUUGUAUAGUCUUUUAGUAAUUAUAUUGGUAUUAUUUAUUUGACUUGGUUGUUUCAGUCGAAGACUUAUUACAAUAUAUAACGUUAGAUCUUUCGGAAGAACUCUAUAUGAUCCAUAGUACUGAUUAACAUAAUAUCCAUUUCUAUUUCUCAUGAUAAGUGUUGUUAGAAACUUUUAAACAUCUAUAUGUGAACUUUGCACGAAAAUGUUAGUAAACUGCACUUACCUACUUGGAGUAGAUUUACGCGUAACUCAUGUAUUAAUGUAAGUGUUACUGUUAUAAAUCGAUCAAAUUUCCACUCGCUAAGCUAAGUAUUACAUAUGUGAAUGAUUUUACUGAUUUGGAUUGUUAUAUUAUGCUAUGCUUCACCAUGUUAUAUGGUUAAUAAAAUAUAUAAAUAUAUGUAUGACAAAAUACAUGCAUAAUACAUA